GCGGGAGAGUCAGUGCGCGGCGAGGCGCGCCAGCUGCCGCACGUCAUGAUUCUACCCCAGGUGAGCGACGAUGUACCCAGACACUACCACUACCACCCCGUCGUUAACAGGACGACCGCCGAGAAUCAAUAACCUGACAGACGGGGAAGAAGACGCUCUGCCUGAAGACGCUUUCUCGCUGCUGUCGGUGCUCCUAGUUGGACUCCUCCUCGUGAUCCUGAUAUUCUUCUCCGUCGCCGGCAACGUCCUGGUCUGCGUGGCGAUCUACACCGAUCGUGGACUACGGAGGAUCGGCAACCUCUUCCUGGCCUCCCUGGCCGUCGCCGACCUCUUCGUCGGUGGGCUGGUGAUGACCUUUGCCGGGAUCAACGAUCUACUCGGCUACUGGAUCUUCGGAAUGUGGUUCUGCGACAUCUGGAUCGCCUUCGAUGUUAUGUGCAGCACUGCCUCUAUCCUGAAUCUAUGCGCCAUAUCACUCGACCGUUAUAUACACAUCAAGGAUCCUCUCAGGUACGGCCGUUGGGUAACCAGAAGAGUUGCCAUUGGCGGCAUCGUCGUCGUAUGGCUUCUAGCAGGACUCAUAUCCUUCGUACCAAUCAGUCUAGAUCUUCACAAAAAUGAUGAUGAACCCGAUCAAUCCAUGUCCGACGACGAGGAGCACCCUACGUGUGCCCUAGACAUUACACCCACCUAUGCGGUGGUGUCCUCUUGCAUAUCUUUCUACGUGCCCUGCAUCGUGAUGCUGGGUAUUUAUUGCAGGCUCUAUUGCUACGCGCAGAAACACGUGAAGAGUAUCCGAGCGGUGACGAAGCUGCCGGAUACCUCUAUGGCCAAGAGUUUUCGCUCGAAGAGCAGUCGCUCCAAGCCGCCGAAGCCGCAGACGAAGACGAAGCCAACCAGCCCUUACCAUGUGUCUGACCACAAGGCCGCGAUCACAGUCGGUGUAAUCAUGGGUGUAUUCCUGAUAUGCUGGGUGCCCUUCUUCUGCGUCAACAUCGUCGCAGCCUACUGCAAGACCUGCAUAUCUCACCGAGCGUUUCAGGUUCUCACGUGGCUCGGCUACAGUAACUCGGCCUUCAACCCGAUAAUCUACAGCAUCUUCAACACUGAAUUCCGAGAGGCGUUCAAGAGGAUCCUCACGAAGGGGGCACGCGCGCGAGGCAACCAGCCGUCGACUAGCGAGUGCGGCGAAUUCCGUUCAGUGGUGGUGCAGAAGCGGAACGGCUCCAUGAUCGAGUGUAACAUCAGUCCGAGGUCGAGUGCGGAUAGCUGCCAGGUCGGCGUCAUGGCUCAACGACACCGCGACACCAUCGUCAGUGCCAUAUAAACGAGCGCCCGACAAGCUUCCUCUCUCGACUCUUUCAGUCAUCUUAAACGAUCUUCUUUUCUGGAUCUCAAUUUCGCUGCUUGCCUGCGAAGUCGUCGCGGCUGCGUCGCCUUUAUCACUUCGCCGAUCUCGUCGAAGGGUUUGCGAUGCAAGAAUCUGGAGACACCAAAACAUCGUUCAGGGGGAGGGCAACGACAUUAAAACAGCACGAAUUAAAAUAUGCUUCGUGCAAGAGGAAUUCGAUCUUCAUGUUAAUCCUUUGCGAUCUUCCGCAUCGCAGAAGACAUAUCGAUUACGAAACAUUUUUCAAUUUCAGCAUUUACAGUCUUCGUUUGCUGUUUUAAAAUUCGUUUUGAAUCUGCAGUGAAAAGUCAUGACAGUCAUGGAUGACAGAUUACACGACUUCUAAUGGAACGAUCACUUAUUGCUAUUGUUUCGCACGAACUUGCGUCAAGUGUACAUAAAAUCAGCAUACGGCGCAUCGCUUGUAUACCAACAAGCGGAAUUUACUCCGGCGUGGUAAAGUUUAGUAUUUGCAUCCGCAAAGGAGUGAACCGCCAAACCGCCCGCCUGCUCAAAGAGAGACUGCAGCUGCAGUUGCGACGUUGUGCUCUCGCUAUACAGCCACUCGCGUAAGAUAAGCAUAACUGAGGACGUUGAUAAUACUAACAGCCAUAUUAUUGAAUCUCUCCUCAUCUAAUAUCAAUCAAUGUUCUAGUUAGCUGUCGUUGAUUUGGGCCGAGGACUCUCUCGCACCAAUGGAAAAAAAAAAUGCGUUGCUCGUAUUUCUUCGACGUCGGGUUCUAGAGAAGCAAUAUCAAUAAAUGUGGGAGCAAUGCAAAUUGAGACGUUUGCCGGAUAUUAAAAUGAGCACUUGGGCACGUCGUCACGAUCAGAUUACGAUUAACCGAUGAUAAUUACGAGUGACGCGCAAAUUUCUUCGAAGUGCGAUAUUUUUAUUGUACACGCAUCCUGCGUGUUUGCACGAUCGAGUAUCUUUCUCUUCUUCUUUUUUUUAUAUAGCGAAGGGGUGAAGGCUGUGGUGUUCGACUAUGUAAGCGCGGUAUUUCGCGAAGACAUCAAUCAUUGUAAUUAAGACAAUCACCGAAAUCCACUUCGAAACAUAUCCCGAAGACAUAAUCCACCGAAAUCGUAGUGCUGUCUUCAUUCAUUUCUUCAGUCGUUCUUAAAUUUUUAUUUAUUUAUUUAUUUUUUUUUUUUUAAGCAAACGACAGGCAUAGAGUGGGAUUUGUCGAUUAAUAGAAGAAUCCAAGUGUAGCGCUUAGGAUACUAAUCUUGUCAAGCAAUCUCUUUAAUGGAACAAUGUCGAUAGCAAUGUCGAUCUACGAUGUUAAAAGCUGGAUGUUACUCAAAAAUACUGAUAUGUUUCUAAAUAGUAACGUCUGUCGAAACGUCAUGGGAGAUAUUAUUAAAAAAAAAAAGGAAAAACUUUAAUAGCAAUAGGCAGAGAGCGGCGCGCGCGACGCGCUGCGCCAUGUGAACUAUAGAAUUCAUUUUCCAUCUUGUAAAUAGCCAUUUAAUUAUUUUUCUAUUUGACGGGCGCGAAGAGAGACACACGGCGAGACACUCUCGCAGAAAUGCGAAAUCUCUCGUUUAAUGGGCGCGCUCAUCGGAUGUAAGUAAUAAAAUCGUCGUCGAGCACCCGUCGAAUCUCAAUUAAAUUCUGCAUCACAUAUCCGAGUGGAAGGAAGUAGUCGCAAGCCAGUUUGGCGCUUGCGAAGAUCCGUCGAGCUUCCUUGAGCUACAUCUAUAUCUACGAUACAAAGCGCAUUGCGAUCCGGCGCGAGAGAGGAAUGUUACAAUACGAUAGUGCGUUGUAGACUACAGGUAAACGGUUGAAGGAACAACGUGGAACUCUCUAGCCGGCAGGACCUGUGCGCAAUGUUGAUGUAUACUACUAAUAUAUUCGAAUGACCGUUCUCUGUAAAUAUAUUAGACUAAGACUUCGACAAGACUA